AUGCAAGAGAAACUUAUCUACCGUCUGGCUGAGCGAUCCGAUGCACCGGGUAUUCUGGAGUACAUGUUGGUGCACUUUUUUCCAGAGGAGCCGUGCUCUAAGGCCCUGAAAAUCGACAUCUCGGAAAUCGAGCCGAUCUACGAGGCCCUAAUCUAUCGCUGCUUGGAUUUCCCAUUCUCUACAGUAGUCACACGUCAAUCCGGAGAGAUCGUCGCAUGCCUUCUGAAUUCCAUUUGGAGACGUGACGAUCAAGAUUGUGAGGGGGCAGACUAUGAGGUCGAGGAGGGAGCAACAGAGAAUAUGGUCAAAUUUUUGAAAAUGCUGAACCAAUGUCACGAAGACUUCUGGACCCUCGCCCCAUCAGAAAUCCACGUCGUCCUCCACCGUGAGAUCUCCAGUGUCUCCGACGGCUACAAACGCCGUGGAAUCGCCACGAAGAUGCUCACUGCCAACAUGACACGUGAGAACAUCGACGCCUACAAUGUGGGCGGAGUCAUCUCUGAAACGUCGUCAUUCGCCAAUCAAGUACUUUUGGAGAAGAACGGAUUCAAGUGUCUCAAGGAGAUACCGUACUCGAGUAUUCUGGAUUCACAGGGAAAUCAGAUAUUGAAGACGGAUGAUGGAGCGGAAGGAUUGAGGUUGAAUAUGAAGAGAAUCGAGCAUUUUAAGUUGGUCGAUUGA